CGGGCAGCACUCGCGCGCUGGGGACUGGGGGGCUCGGGCUGGGGGCGCGGCCUGCGCCGCGCGCCCCUCCCUCCCUCCAUAAAAGCCCCAGCCCGCGGGCCCGGGGCUCUCAGCCCGUCGGUUUCCGAGCGCGUUCCUGGCCGUCUCGCGGUGGGCGUGGAGGGGAGGACAGACAGACUGACAAACAGAGACCCGAACCAGGGAGACGCGAGCGAGGCACCAUGCGCGAGAUCGUGCACAUCCAGGCGGGCCAGUGCGGCAACCAGAUCGGCGCCAAGUUUUGGGAGGUUAUCAGUGAUGAACAUGGUAUCGACCCCACUGGCAGUUACCAUGGAGACAGCGAUUUGCAGCUGGAAAGAAUCAAUGUGUACUACAACGAAGCCACUGGUAACAAGUAUGUACCUCGGGCCAUCCUGGUGGACCUGGAACCCGGCACGAUGGACUCAGUCAGGUCUGGACCCUUCGGCCAGAUUUUCAGGCCAGACAACUUUGUGUUCGGCCAGAGUGGUGCCGGGAACAACUGGGCCAAGGGACACUACACAGAGGGCGCCGAGCUGGUGGACUCGGUCCUGGACGUGGUGCGGAAGGAGUCCGAAAGCUGUGACUGUCUCCAGGGCUUCCAGCUGACCCACUCGCUGGGGGGCGGCACCGGCUCGGGCAUGGGCACCCUGCUCAUCAGCAAGAUCCGCGAGGAGUACCCAGACCGCAUCAUGAACACCUUCAGCGUCAUGCCCUCGCCCAAGGUGUCCGACACCGUGGUGGAGCCCUACAACGCCACCCUGUCCGUGCACCAGCUGGUGGAGAACACUGACGAGACCUACUCCAUCGACAACGAGGCCCUGUACGACAUCUGCUUCCGCACCCUCAAGCUGACCACCCCCACCUACGGCGACCUCAACCACCUGGUGUCGGCCACCAUGAGCGGGGUGACCACCUGCCUGCGCUUCCCGGGCCAGCUGAACGCAGACCUGCGCAAGCUGGCCGUGAACAUGGUGCCCUUCCCGCGCCUGCACUUCUUCAUGCCGGGCUUCGCGCCCCUCACCAGCCGGGGCAGCCAGCAGUACCGCGCCCUGACGGUGCCCGAGCUCACCCAGCAGAUGUUCGACUCCAAGAACAUGAUGGCCGCCUGCGACCCGCGCCACGGCCGCUACCUCACGGUGGCCGCUAUCUUCCGCGGCCGCAUGUCCAUGAAGGAGGUGGACGAGCAGAUGCUAAACGUGCAGAACAAGAACAGCAGCUACUUCGUGGAGUGGAUCCCCAACAACGUGAAGACGGCCGUGUGCGACAUCCCGCCGCGCGGCCUCAAGAUGUCAGCCACCUUCAUCGGCAACAGCACGGCCAUCCAGGAGCUGUUCAAGCGCAUCUCGGAGCAGUUCACGGCCAUGUUCCGGCGCAAGGCCUUCCUGCACUGGUACACGGGCGAGGGCAUGGACGAGAUGGAGUUCACCGAGGCCGAGAGCAACAUGAACGACCUGGUGUCCGAGUACCAGCAGUACCAGGACGCCACGGCCGACGAACAGGGGGAGUUCGAGGAGGAGGAGGGCGAGGACGAGGCUUGAGGUCGCAGCGCAGCAGCCUGGGGAGAGCUGAGCAGGAAGGCGAGGGGGAGGGGGGCUACUGUGAAAUACCCUGGCUUCGAAGGAGCAAGCAUGGUCUGCCGUAGGUGUGCGCUGGUUCUCUGGUGCUCUUCACUGUUGCCUGUCACUUUGUUUUCUCUUUUUGUAACAUUGAUGACACCGCUGUAACACUUGAGAUACUCCUGAACUACUGUUGUAAUGGCUGAAAUCACAUAAACGUUUGUGUCUGAA